AUGAAGAGCUUGGCUCGAAGCUUGUCGAAGAGCAAUGUCGGCGCGGGGUUGCUCGCGGGGUUCCUCUUGGUCUUGCUUACCUACUUCACCAUGUCGGAGCAGUUUGUGAUCCGCGCUACGAAUCGCAGAGGUGGCAAAAAAUCCAACCAACUGGUAGAACUGAAGCCGAUCUACGACACGUCGAAUCCAGACUUUUGUGACAUGAUCGGCGACGCUCGAAUCCUCGGAAGCCACUCGACGGUCUUAUAUGUCCCUCCCCCCGAAAUCACCAAUCCUGAACCUCAAGAGUGGAAAACCCGAGUACGAACUAGCAAGCACCUUAACCGGCUCGGAUUCGUGACAAUAAAAUCGUUACGCGGUCCGUCCGAAGCCCCUCCUUGUACGGUCCGGCACGAUGUCCCCGCAGUCGUGUUCGAGCUAAGCGUCCUUACUGGGAACAUUUGGCAUGACUUCAACAACGUGAUCAUCCGCCUCUACCUCACUUCUCGUCGGUUCAAUGGCGAGGUUCAAUUCCUCAUAACCAAUCUCAAACCUUGGUUUGUCAAAAAGUAUAGUGUGAUACUCAAGAAGCUCUCGAGAUAUGAAAUUAUCGAUUUUGAUAGAAAUAAGGAGAUCCAUUGCUACCCGCGUGCCCUCAUCGGCCUUCGGAGGCAUCGCGAUUUUGGGAUCUUACCCAAUUUGCCUCCAAAAGGGUACACAAUGCUCGACUUCCGGUUGUUCAUUCGAGAAGCUUACUCGCUUCCAAAAGAUGUACCGUUAAGUUAUCGAGAUAAGCCGGAAAAGAAACCACGACUGAUGCUCAUAAAUAGGGGAGAAACCAGAAGGUUGUUGAAUAUAAAGGAAGUCGCGAAAUCGGCUGAGGAGUUAGGGUUUGAGGUGGUGGUCGUUGAGCCAAAGAGAGACCUAAACGUGACGAAAAUUGCGAAGGCGGUGGACUCAUUUGACGCGCUGAUGGGGGUGCACGGGGCCGGGCUAACUAACAUGAUUUUCCUCAGAACAAACGCCGCCAUGAUCCAAGUGGUGCCCUACGGGAAAUUGGAGCCCAUCGCCGAGAGGUGCUUCGGUUGGCCCGCGAGGGAAAUGAAAUUGCGAGAUGUCGAGUACACGAUUAGCUUGGAGGAGAGCACAUUGUUGGAGAGACUCGGGAGAGAUCACCCUGCGAUCAAGGAUCCGGAUUCAAUUCACAGAAGUGGGUUGCAAAAAGUGAGGGAGUUCUACAAGCUCAACCAAGAUGUGAAGCUAAAUGUCACAAGAUUUGCUCCCACACUAUUGAAGGCUCUUGAGCUUCUUCGCGAAUAG